AAUGGCGAUAGUGCGGCUUUCUGAUGUCCUAGAAAGCAAGCUAAUCCAUAAUGCGAUUAGUCCACCUGUGUGUCGUUUCGGUCAGGAUGAAUCUCAUAAAGCAUGAGAAAAAGUUGGGUGGAGAAGACUUUCCUGCACAAGUACCGUCAAGGCCUUCAAAAGCUAUCAUCUACGGAGGCUCCGUCAUUGUCCCUGAUGUCUACAGUUCUGAACAUAUUGCUAGCCACGGUGGUUACGGUUAUUAUAUGAGUGAUCGGCAGGAUCGAGUAAAUCGUCUUCUAUUUCCUGAUGAAGCUACAACUGAGAGUGAAGUUCCGCCACUGAGCGAAGUUGGACGCGAAUGGAGCGAAAAAACUCCAGUCUACGAGCGGUUGUAUCUCAGUCCCGAGGAGACAGUGUUUCUAUCUAUUGAUUCAAAUAUGCUCGAAGUCUCAGAAAGCAAACGAAUUCUUACGCCUGAUGAGUUAUGGUCACGAAUGAAAGAACUCGGAGGUUCAAAUUUUCUGAAGAGAUAUGCUGUUUAUCGAUAUCUACGUCGCUGUGGUUGGUGUGUACGAAGCGGCUUGCCUUAUGGAUGCCAAUACUUGAUCUACCGCGGAAGUCCUGGAUCUCAUCAUGCGGCUGCCGGCGUCAAAAUAGAGACACAAAUAGAGCCGAGAUUCUUUAUCGGACUGAAUCGUGCCCUUACAAAUAUGAAGAAGGCUCUCGUUAUAAUGACACCCAUAAUUCCUGAUGGACUCAAUACUUCUACACAAAGAUGCGUGGAUUCUGUGCAUAUUUCGAUAUCGACUUCAACUACAAUGUUUAUCGAACGUAAAAUGAACGAACUGAAGGCUAAGGACGGUAACGAGCUCUCUAAAGACAAAGACAUGAAGGACAAGCCGAAGGAAAAGCCGAGUAUGGAAUCAUAGAAGAUUUGAUUGAAGGGUCCAGAUAAAUCUGCUUGGAACAAUGCCUUUGUCAGAACCAAGCAAUGCUCUUUCGGAUUUUGACUUGCCGUUACUGGAUUUCGUGCUGGUUAUGGGUUCAUCUACGUUUGAGGAUAAGACAUGCUGGAAGCAUGCUAAUAUGUGUAAUAACCUUCGGUUUUCGGAGGUGGUUUUGGGGGUUUCUAACUCAUUAGAACCUAGCAAAUCACAACUUAGCAAUUAAGGAAAAUUACUCUCAUUCACUGCCUUUCAAAAGUUAGAUUAUCUUAGCUGCCUUUUCUGUUUUCGGUCCAAACUAUUUUUUAUUUUAUGAUGAUUUUGUUAUUUGGUACCACUAAAUUUACCAUAUGGUUGCUGAACUGUUCAUGACAUCCUCAAUUUCUGUAAUUUCGUGUGUGCUUGAAUUUUUUAUGUUAUUU